AUGGCCCCCGAAAUCGAAUACAUCCUCUCCCUCCAAGCCGUCCGCGAAAGGGCACACGCCGUCCUCUCCAUCGCCAAAACAGGCGGCCUGAAGCAUUUUGACUUUGACGAAGACAAGCUGAACGAUGCGGCGGACUAUGUGAUUGACAUCAUCAAGCGCGACUUCGGCCCAAGCAACUACCACCACAUCCCGCCCCAUGGCCGCUGGCAACACUUCGAAGUCGGCAAUGUCCCGCGCAUCGACCGCUUACUCGCCCACUGGGAUAAACAAGGGUACAGCGCAACCGAGAAGGCGCGGAGUCUAGUCGACCUGUUCUUCGUGUCAGUCCUUCUUGAUGCGGGGGCGGGGGAUGUGUGGAAGUUCCAUGAAAGCAGCUCGGAUGCGUUUUAUUCGAGGAGUGAGGGGAUUGCGGUUGCUUCGUAUCAUAUGUUUUUGGGGGCGAUUUUGCUGGCUCUAGCUCCCCGAGGAAGGAUAUUGUGGAUGGACGGGGCCUCCAAGCACUCGAUACUGCGACAUUGA